GCAUGUUAGCACGCUAGCUUCUUGUGAUUGUAUAUACACAUAUGUGAACCUUUAUUUUAUAUACAGUAUUUUCGUUAAAAUGAACGGGAUGCCGAGUACGGCGGUAAUUCAGAUUACCAACUUAUCCGCGUCUGUUAAUAGUGAACAAAUGCGAACUCUGUUUGGUUUCCUCGGAGAUAUCGAGGAGUUACGGCUCUACCCUCCAGAGUAAGUGCACGCCUGUCGGGCUACGCCAAUCAGGAAACACCGAGGAUGUACAGGCCUGUACACUGAGCGUUAGCAAGCAAGUUACAGAGCCAUCCACACGCCACUAUCCUUCUCAUCUAAAGUGUGUUACAUAAAAUACAAGGAGCCGAGUAGUGUUGGCGUGGCCCAGCAUUUAACCAACACUGUGUUUAUUGACAGAGCUCUUAUUGUCGUGCCAUGUGCAGAAGAUGACUAGAGUGGCCCAGGCGUUACAGUACUACCCUAGCCUGACUCAAGGCUUUGUUUUCCAAGCCACUAAACCCGCUGGGGCCAACGCUGCCUUCAAGGGGGGAUUGUGACCAGGAGCAUAGCUGCUGAACCUUCCAAGAUGGACACCUUGUCUCUUUUUUUUUUUGUUUUGUUUUGUUUUGUUUCUUUUUCUUUUGUCUCUUUUUUGUUUUGUUUUUUUCUCUGACAUUGUGUCUUGUUUGCCUCUUAGAAGAGGCUGUUGCAUAUUUCAUUGUGUUGUUUCUUUUUGUUUUGUUUUUGUUUUGUUUAUUUCUCCUGUCCCCAAGUCCCCACAUUCCUCCUCUUCCCUAUGCAGUUGUCCACUUUUGCGUGUCUCUCAAAGCUGUCCAGGUUGGCAUCCAGUAAUGGAGGGGAAAUUGAACGGUACACAGGCAGCUGUGGCUGGCGAUUCAUUCUGAUCUCUGUGUCUAAUCUCUCUCUCUCUCUCUCUCUCUCUCUCUCACACUCUCACUCUCUCCCUCUCGCUCACUCUCUCUCUCUCUCUCUCUCACACUCUUUCUGUCUCUCACUCUCUCUGUCUCUGUCUUUCUCUCAUUCUCUCUCUCACUCUCUCUGUCUGUGUCUGUCUCUCUCACACACACUCUCUCUCUCUCUCUGUCCUCUGUCAGUAUUGCCAUGUUUUCACUUUGACGUAAGGAUCCUGUACGAUAACCCUACAUACUCUUUCAGCGUACCAUUAUCGAGCACUAUAUUAACUUGUAUUAACCUUUUACUUAAGGACUAAGGAAUUUUCAGAUUCACACAAUCACAAUGUCUCUUUUUUAAUUUUAUAAUUGAAUCGUUAUAAUUUCUAAUCUAUCCAUGCGCAUUUCUUACCCAGUCCUAUCAAUUCUUACACACUUCUAUUCAACGCAUGCAAGAAUGAAUAUUUACAAAGAUAAAAAUAAAUAAAUAAAAAUCAGGAAGCUGCUUUUAUUUUUAUUCCCGAGUUACAAUUUAUUGUGCAGGAGGUAAUUGAUUUCCCUUUUUUAUUUUUUUUAUUUUUUCGUUUUGAAAGAAACUGAAAAUGUUCUUCUCUUCUGUAUCUGAUGUUCUGUGUGCUAUUAGUGAUGCAGCCAACAUGAACGGUUGUCUUGUGUUGCACACCCUUUCCAACACUGCGACACGAUUGCCCCAAGGAGAAAAGCGCCCAUGCUUGAUAUCGUACGGUUCAUGCCCAUUAUGUUUCCAGUCCAGAAGGGAGAAAGUGCUGUGGCUCUUUAUUGCUCACUCUCACACCGGGUCACUUGCCUCAUAGGAAAGAUCCCAGAGGAAGCCAAGGCUCUGUCCCUGCUGGCACCUGCAGCCCCAGUGCCCAGUUUGAUGCCCGGUGGAGGACUGCUGCCCAUCCCGAGCCCUGCUCCGCUGCCGAAUCAGUUAAGUGUGCCACUGGCAGCCCGGGGACCACUGCAGCUUGGGCUCGACUCACCACUGAGCACCGUCCCUUCUCAACCCCCUAUCAUGGGCAACGUGGACCCGUCCAAAAUCAACGAGAUCCGCAGAACGGUGUAUGUCGGCAAUCUCAAUUCUCAGACCACAACAGCAGAGCAGCUGCUGGAGUUCUUCAAGCAGGUCGGCGAGGUGAAGUUUGUGCGCAUGGCGGGAGACGAGACUCAGCCAACACGUUUUGCCUUUGUGGAGUUCGCCGGUCAGGAGUAUGUGUCACGAGCGCUCGCCUUGAACGGAGUCAUGUUCGGAGACAGACCUUUAAAGAUCAACCAUUCCAACAAUGCCAUUGUCAAGCCACCAGAGAUGACUCCUCAGGCUGCUGCUAAAGAACUGGAGGACGUUAUGAAGCGUGUUAGAGAGGCUCAGUCCAGCAUAGCAGCAGCCAUCGAUCCAGCCGACACCAAAAAGCGCUCAUCCAGCAGAUCCAGGAGAUCGAGAAGGUCCCAUUCCAGAUCUCGCUCGCAUUCACGUUCUCGCUCGCAACGGAAACGCUCCCGAUCCAGACACAGGGGACGGACAUCGCAGAAGUCGUGGAAGAAGACGAGCGACUCGCACAAGAGACGCUCUAGAGACAGGAGAUACAGCCGCUCACACUCCAGAGAAAGACGGAAAGACAGAGACGGGAAGAUAAGGAAGGGGGAUGAUGCUGAUGACAGGAGAAGGGACAAAAAAGGAAGAAUGCCUGUUAAAGCUUACAGACCAUCCUCAAGAUCCCCAAGCAACAGCAGGGGACACAGAAAGGGCAGCAAAUCACACUCCACGUGUGUAAGAAAGAAAGCAAGGUCUCCAUCACCAAAGAGGGGAAAGAAAGACAGGAGGAGAGAACAUGGGCAGGGCAGCCACAGAAAAUGGAGAGACAGAUCAACAUCCAGGAGGAGGAGCAGAGACUCGGACAGACAGGAGAGCAAAGCUAAAGCCAAACAGACGGAAAGCGGGUACAAGCAGAAGGAACAGGACUACGAGAGCGAUGGUGAGGACAUGGGCUCAGGUGCUAGUGAAGACUUCUCUCCUCACGCCCAUCACAACGGCGAGUACAGCAGCAUGCACGCAGACGAGGGAGAAGAGUUCUCCACAACGGAGUGAAGCAGGACCACAGAGAUCUGACACUUCACCGGGGUUCACAUACUUGAAAUGUUCAUGUUCCUCUCUGUACAGUGUUUUCUCUCUUUUCACUCCAUUAUAUUGUUAGAUUCUUAGAACUGUGAGAAUUAUAUAAGAGCUAUAUUGAAAUAUACUGGAUGCUUUGUGUAUGUAUAACGAUCAGCCGUUACAUUAAAACCACCCGCCUCGUAUCGAGAAAGCGUCAACACGGCUCUAAUACAUCCAAGCACGGACUCCAUAACACCUCCGAAGGCGAUGCUGUGGUAUCUAACACUGCGUACUAGGAACACUCUACGAGACACGAUGUUCAGGAGAUGCUCUGAUUCACUCGUCCAGCCCAAAUCCUUAUGCUGGCUCAUUAUUUCCUGCUUUGAGUACUGACUUCACUGCUUUAUCGCACCCUUGACAGCUUCCACUGAAACAACAUAAUCAUAUUAUUGACUUCACCAGUCAGUGGUUUUAAUGUUAUGGCUAAUCUACAUACUUCAGGAUUUCUAUUUCCUUUCUUCUCUUUGUCUUUUUUUUUUUAAAAUAGAAAGCACCUCAUGGACCUGCCUCUUUACUCUCGAUGACUUUUUACUAGAAUCCAGGGACUUCUCUUUCCACUUUUAUUUGAUGUAGUUAUGCAAAUGCCCUCAGUAAAUAAAGUGUAUAACCUUAGUAAUUACACGUUUAAAUGAAUUACACAGGAUUAGGGGAUAAAAACACCUAGUAUGUAAAAAGUGCCUAAAAAAAGUUGCACAUAUUCUGUACACUUAUAAAACCUAGAUAUAGCUUGUGCAUUUAUCUAGCUCGUUAAACACGCCCAUAGUCAGUGCUUUUUAGAUGUAUUUUUUGCACAGUAUUUUGUGUUAUUCAGUAAAUAAUGAUGAGGCAUACAGUACUUUUACUGUACAGUGUUAUCAAUCAGUUCAUCAGAUAUUAGCAGGGUUUUUUUUUCACCUUUACGUCAUGUUUUAUGUGCAAGUCUGAAGAGUGCAAAAUUUGAAGUAAAAAUAGUGACGUAUGACUACAUAAAAGAAAUCCGAACUGAUCCGAGUUUGGGAACGUUACAAAGGUUCUGAAUAUUUCUUUCUUUUCUUUUCUUUUUUUUUUUUUAAUUUACUUUUGUCAAAGAUGUUAUUCAGUCAUACAUGUGUAUCUGUGUGUAUAUAGUCGAGUGCACACUAUUAUGACAAACGGUUAAAUAAAAACAAAAAAAAAAAGAUCUUAAAGCAGAAUGUGUUCAUUUCAAUAAUGAAGGUUUGUAGUGUGUAUAACGUUGUGAUAUUAUUAGAGGGGAACAUUUGCAAUUCUUUCUAUAUGCGGGUUGUUGUCCGAUUGCAGGACAUGCAACUUUCUACAACUGUAUUUUGCUGUUGAAAUGUAAAAUAAAGAUACAAUUUCCAUUUUUUUCUAAAUAUGUAAAAAAACAAAACUGGGGUGUAAACUUUUGCACUUCACUGUAUGACUAUUAAAAGUGAAGUUUAAAAAAAAAAAAAAAAAAAAAAAAACCAUGAGAAUGUGAGGAUUGUGACCUAGAUUUUUUUUUGUGCAGUGUGAGUCUUGAUACUUUUGACCUAUUUUUGGAAACAAAAAUGUACAUUGUAAAAUGAAUAAAUAUUCCCUGAUACAUUGAAAAAGA